UUUCCCUCCUCCCAUCCCAUCUGAUUCUGAUGCCAUUCCUUUGAUUCCAGAACCCUAUUCUUCUUCCUCACCUUCUCAACUUUCAUGCCCUUUCCAUCUUCCAUUACUACCACAUAAAUUUCUUCAAUCCACUGUUAUUGAAGUUUUCUUGCCGUCUGGAUCCUCCAUGCGCGGCGGCUCUCGAGCUCCGCACCGGUCGGAGCCACUGCCACAGUCGCAAACCGGCCAGAUCCUGCCGCCUCUCAAGCGCCAGCUAGCUUUCGACUCCACCAAGCCGCCAUUCGUUCCUCCAGGCGACUAUUACCACUUUGGCGGCGGUUCUUCCAAUGUUCAUGCUCAUGAUCAACAACCUGAAGCUGUCCUUGUCAAACCUCUCAAACUAAAGCAGAAGGGUGCUAUGUAUCACAAUAUGRUUGAAUCUAAUGACUGCAUUMAUGAUCARGGAUCUUCCAAAGAUGCUCUAAGUUCUAUACAGACACCCGUGUCUGCAAAAGGAGGAAGGGUGUACAAGUCAAAGGCUUCAAGGAGAACUACAUCUGGGCCUCAAACACCAAUCUCAGACACUAGCUCUUUUUCAUCUCUUACUCCAGCUGGAAGCUGUCGAUAUGACAGUUCUUUAGGUCUUCUGACAAAAAAAUUCAUCAAUUUAAUUAAGCAAGCAAGGGAUGGCAUUCUUGACUUAAACAACGCUGCAGAAACUUUGAAGGUGCAGAAGAGGAGGAUAUAUGACAUAACAAAUGUUUUGGAAGGCAUAGGUCUCAUAGAAAAGAAGCUGAAAAAUAUAAUAUACUGGAAGGGAUUCAAUGCACAAAUUCCAGGAAAUGUGGAUAGUGAUACUUCUAUGUUGCAGGUGGAUGUUGAAAACCUUUCUUUUGAAGAGCGUAGAUUAGACGACAAGAUAAGAGGAUUGCAGGAAAGAUUGAGGAAUCUGAGUGAAGAUGAAAAUGUCCAAAAAUGGCUCUACGUGACCGAAGAAGACAUUAAAAACUUGCCUUGCUUCCAGAAUGAAACCCUGAUAGCAAUUAAAGCUCCUCAUGGAACCACAUUGGAAGUUCCUGAUCCCGAUGAAGCUGUUGAUUAUCCACAGAGAAGAUAUAGAAUAGUUCUUAGGAGUACGAUGGGUCCUAUUGAUGUAUAUCUUGUCAGUCAAUUCGAGGAGAAGUUUGAGGAGAUGAAUGUGGUCCCACCACCUAGUAGCUUCCUACAUGCUUCAAGUUCAGGAUCUAACGAACAUCUAGCUACAGAAGUAAUCAUUGGGGAGAAUAGUAGAAAGGAAACAGAACCUCCGGCACAUCUGUCCCAGCACAGCAGCAGCUGUGAUGUGAACGGUUCAAACGAGUUUCCUGGUGGAAUCAUGAAGAUAAUUCCUUCAGAAGUUGAUAAUGAUGCAGAUUACUGGCUGUUAUCAGACGCUGAAGUUAGCAUUACAGAUAUGUGGAGAACAGAUUCAGAUAUUGCAUGGGAUCAGUCAGAUAUGGUUCCUCAUGACUUUGUAAUAUCUGAUGUUAGUGCCCAAAGGUCAAGACCAGCAAGCCCACGUCCAGAGUCGGCCGAAGCGCCAUACGAUGCUAACUUAAGACAGAGGUGACAAAGGAACAGAUCUGACCUAAUCCACCAAUGAUCUGUUCCCAUCCUCAUUACUCAAGAUGGUAGCCAAACAAACAAUUAAAUCAUACAGGAAUUCAAGCUCACUGUACAGUUUAAUUUUUAUAACCCAAGCAAUAUUCUGGGAAGUUUUCCAAGCAUGGAAAAGAAUACAACUAUGUAGACCAGCCAGCACGCGUAGUGCAGAGGAAAUGGAAACAAACAUUUGUAGUGUAGAGGGUGGGCAGCAUGUAAAGCUGGUUUCAAGACUUAGUGCCAGGCCGGCAAGAUCUUAAAUGCAUUGGUAAAACUUCCCAUCUUCCUUUUCAAAUCCAUUUUAACAUUAAGGGGUUUGAUGAUAUCUGAUAAGGGGAAGCUGUAGUUUGAUUCGCACACUUGGUAACUGAAAUUUUAUGUAACAAUGUGUUAAAUUUUGGUUCUAUACUAUGUGUUUAAACUUGGAAUAGUUGUUUGUUGUUAGCCAAAGAUAAUGGAAACCAUAGGUUACUAAAGUAA